GCCCGCCGUCCCAGCUUGGGUGCUGCUGGGCCCCGUGGGGUACAGGUCUGGUGCGGAGAGUGAGCCCAGGGCGCCCCGCAGCGCCUCCCCUGCCCGUUAAACCUCCAUCCCGGUCUGACCUUGCCGACGUGUGGUCUUGAUCCUAUCCUCCCAUUCCCUUGACGAUGGUCUCCAUGCACAAACCCUUCUCUCCUGUCUCCGUCUGAGAUUUAGUUUUGCUUCCUACCGGGCAGUGCCCCUCAAUCUUACCAGUAACAAUCCCCAGCCAUUAUUCUGGAACAGCUUCGGUCACUACCUGCAGAAAUUAUCUGACAAAAACUACCAAGGCUGGGCCCCAUCUUCGGAGGGAUACUCUUUCCCAUGAAUCUCCACCGACCCCACAGCGCCCACCACCUCAGUCUAUGCACUUUCUGGGGGCUCACUGCCCCUCAUCCCACUGUCUCCCUAAGGCUGUGCAGCUUGCCUUCAAUACCUCCUUCUGGGCCUGCUCCUCACCAGCCUGCUGUUAGGGGUGGCUGCAAUCUGCCUGGGAGUGCGCUGCAGUUAGAUGUUAUAUUCCAGCCUGUUAUGCAAAAAGUUACAAGAAGCAGAAAAAGGAUUUGUGCUGAAGUCUCCAGGCACCAGGGCAUGACGGAAGAAGAUGCCCUCCAAAUCUCUCUUUAUGGCCAAACAGAUGUGCAGGUGUCUUGGCAGCUCCAGCAGACGAACAGUUUUCUGGAAGCCACGAACAGCAGCCUGAGGCAGCAGCUCCACCUGAAGAUGACCCAGCUGGGCCAGAGGGAAGAGGACCUGCAGGGGUCCAGGAGGGAGCUGGCCCAGAGUCAGGAAGCACUGCAGAAGGAGCAGAGGGUUUGCCAGGAAACUGGAGAGCGGUUACAGGCCUGCCAAUCUGACAGGGAGAAGACAAAGGAGGCCUUGCAGAGAGAGGAGGUGCAGAGGAAGAUCUUGGAACAGAGGCUGAACAGCAUGCAGGACACACUGAAGCCCUUGUUCACAUGCCUCCCAUCAGAUACCUGCUGUCCCCUGGGAUGGAUACUGAACGAGAAGAGUUGCUUUUACAUCUCACUUGCUGAGAAGAAUUGGAAGGACAGUCGAAACUAUUGUAAAUCUCUGUCCUCUGACCUGGCCACAUUCAGUGACAUUUAUUCUUUUUAUCCACCUCAUGCCAGCAGCGUCAAUAAUGUGUUGGCACAAGUUGGCCAGCUUGAUUCAUUUUGGGUUGGCCUCAGCUUUAACGAUGGCUGGCAGUGGACUAAUGGUAAAAGAGUCUCUGGUAGGACUUAUGGUGAAAGAUCAAAAUGUGUCAAGAUGAAAAAUAGUAGUUGGGUAAAACUGCAGCCAGAAGAGUGUACAUCUCCUCUUCCUUGCCUCUGUGAGAUGGCGGCUUUCAUGUUUCCAGUUGGGGACCAGUCUUCGCACUGAGGGCCUAAGAUCACCUCCCUCCAGCGUCCUUCACUUCGCCUGGACGGUGCCCAGCCAAAGGUGGAUCCAUGCCCAACACUUCUAGCCAGUCUGCUGCCUGCUUGGAAUCCUGUU